UCCCAAUGGUAUGCCAAUCCCAAUCCCAGUCUCAAUGGUAUGCCAAUCCCAACCCAAGUCCCAGCUGCAUGCCAAUCCCGAUCCCAGUCUGAAUGGUAUGCCAAUCCCAACCCAAGUCCCAGUGGUAUGCCAAUUCCAGCGCCAGUCUCCAGGAUAUGCCAAUCCCAACCCCAGUGUCAAUGGUAUUCCAAUCCCAACCCUAGUAUGUUGACCCCUAUCCCAGUCUCCUUAGUAUGCUUAUCCCAACCAUAGCGUCAAUGGUAUGUUGAUGCCAGUUCCAGUCUCAAUGGUAUGUUGAUCAAAUUCCUAGCCUCCAAUACUAACACCAGUCACAAUGGUAUGUCAACCUCAACCCCAGUCUCAAUGGUAUGCCAAUCCCAACCCCAGUCUCAAUGGUAUGCCAAUCCCAACCCCAGUGUCAAUGGUAUGCCAAUCCCAACCGUAGUAUGUUGACCCCUAUCCGAGUCUCCUUAGUAUGCUUAUCCCAACCAUAGUGUCAAUGGUAUGUUGAUGCCAGUUCCAGUCUCAAUGGUAUGUUGAUCAAAUUCCUAGCCUCCUUGGUAUGCUGUUUCCAAACCUAGUCUCAAUGGUAUGCCAAUGCAGCGCCAGUGCCGAAGGUGUGCCAAUCCCUGCCACAGUCUCAAUAGUAUGCCAAUCCAAACCCCAAACUAAAUGGUAUGCCAAUCGAGGCCCUAGUCUUAAUGGUAUGCUGAAGAUCUAAACCCUAGUCUUAAUGGUACACUUAUGUCAACAAAUGCACACAAUGGCAAAAAUGGCGAAAAUUCGCCAAAGUUUGGCGAAUAUGUUAUGACAAAGCAAAGGGUUCCCAUUGAAAGUGGCGAUUUUCGCGACAAUGGCGAACAUUCGCCAAAGUCUUAA